UAGCCGGACCACGUGCCUAUAAAUAGCACCAUAGGCUUGGGCUCGCUCACUCACCCACUUCCUCACUGCACUCUCACACAACUUGCUCUGAGAAACCAGCGUGGCGGCAACAUUGUCGUUCCCGAUCAUUGACAUGAAGCUCCUCGACGGGGAGGAGAGGCCAGCGGCGAUGGGGCUGCUCCAGGAUGUAUGCGAGAACUGGGGCUUCUUCGAGGUCCUGAACCACGGCAUCUCGACGGAGCUGAUGGACGAGGUGGAGAAGAUGACCAAGGGCCACUACAAGCGUGUGCGCGAGCAGAGGUUCCUCGAGUUCGCCAGCAAGGCGCUCAACGACGACGGCGGCCAGGGCGCGAAGGCGGAGAACCUGGACUGGGAGAGCACCUUCUUCGUGCGCCACCUCCCGGAGUCCAACCUCGCCGGCGUCCCCGACCUCGACGACGACUACCGGCGGGCCAUGAGGCGGUUCGCGGCGGAGCUGGAGGACCUGGCGGAGCGGCUGCUCGACCUGCUCUGCGAGAACCUCGGCCUGGAGAAGGGCUACCUCACGCGGGCCUUCCGUGGCCCCGCCGGCGCCCCCACCUUCGGCACCAAGGUCAGCAGCUACCCGCCGUGCCCGCGCCCCGACCUCGUCAGCGGCCUCCGCGCCCACACCGACGCCGGCGGCAUCAUCCUGCUCUUCCAGGACGACCGCGUCGGCGGCCUCCAGCUGCUCAGGGACGGCGAGUGGGUCGACGUGCCGCCCGUGCGCCACUCCAUCGUCGUCAACCUCGGCGACCAGCUGGAGGUGAUCACCAACGGCAGGUACAAGAGCGUGAUGCACCGGGUGGUGGCGCAGGCCGACGGCAACCGGAUGUCCAUCGCGUCGUUCUACAAUCCAGGCAGCGACGCCGUCAUCUCCCCGGCGCCGGCGCUGGUGGAGAAGGACGCCGGCGGGACGUACCCCAGGUUCGUGUUCGAGGACUACAUGAAGCUGUACGUGCGCCACAAGUUCGAGGCCAAGGAGCCCAGGUUCGAGGCCUUCAAGGCCAUGGAGACCGAGACCCCCAACCGCAUUGCCAUCGUCUAGCAACCGGUCCCUGCGAAGUGCCACCUUGUUCGCUCUGUACUGUGCCUGUGUGCAUGGACCGUGUUUCGUCGUCAGUUUGUGACACAUAGGAUUCGUCAGACGGUCAGAGUGGUUCAUUCUGGACUGAAUAAAAGAGCCUGCGAGCCAGGUGUAGAUAUGAAUAGAUUAUGUGUGUAGCCAUCUCGCGACCAGCUAGAAAGUUUGUACCGUAUCUGAUUCUUAUUUCGUUCCCUGUCAUAGUAAUAAUUAAGUCGUUGUCAGCUAUUAGGCACUGUUCUAUUGAUAAAUUAUUCCUAAUUUCUUU